UCCAGCUCUCAGUGUUGUUUAAAACUCUCAUUUUCAGAAUCGAAAGACCAUGACAAAUUCCACACAGCCACCAGAAUAUGUGUGGGGAUAUGAGUACUACUAUGAUUAUAUGGAUCUGGUCAUUGUGAAUGCGAGUACACUGAAGUACAACAGAUAUUCAAUUGUCCUAAUAUUCUGGAUCCUUCUGGCAGCAUUUAUUGGAUUUUUCUUUUUGAUUUUGUCACAUAUAUCACACUCUGGACAACUGCCAAGGGGUCCUGGUGUCAAAAAAUCUGGCUCGCCCUUGAUGAAAGGUUAUGGAUCUCCAUAAAGAAACAAAUAGAUGGAAUACUGGAAUGAUGCCAAUGGGAAAUUUGCAAUGCAAAAUUCAGAAAAUAAACUUAUGAUUAGUACUUUAAAUCAAGUGACAAAAGACACUGUACAAUCUAUUGGGUUAAGUAACAUGCCAUUAAAACAUGAAGGUACAAUAAAUGUUUUGGCAUAUGGAUUGUAAUAAA